AUGACGACAGCGACUCUUCGGUCGGCUUCCGUAGCCGCUUCCCGGCCAUCGUUGAUGGAAUUGGCCCAAAAUGCCGGGCUUUUGCAACUGAGUCCAUCGGACCUGGUCUUCGAAGCCAAUCAACCUGGAUUUGCUUACUAUGACUUUGUUAUGUCAUUAUCUGCUCUGCCCGAUUAUAUGGGCGGUGGAUUCGAAGUUUAUUUGGCCAAGUUGGACCCACGCACCAACUUGGAAUGGUUUGAGACCUUGAAAAUCUCAAAAGCCCACUUAAAAGUAAGUUUUCCACCUUAUCUGCAUCAAAAACAUCAAAAACUUGUCCGCAAUUGGGAACCUUUGCCUGUUUUAAUAUUCCAAUUGACCUUUGCUACCUCCAAAGGCCUCUCCCAUUAUGUUUGAGCGCUCUGUGACCCGAUGAGAUCACUUUUAGCGGCCCGGGUCGCUCAAAAAUUCAUCAAACCGCAUUCCAGUGGGAGGCCUUUAUUAUUCAUGGGGCAGGAGGUCAAAAGCAAUCGGAUUUACCGUAUUUUCGGUUUGACAAGUUUCGGGGCUCGCUGAACGGUGUUCGUGGGUGCUAGGAACCGGUGUACUCAAUUACGGAAAUGGGUGAAAACAAAGUCAUGCGGGAGCGGGGAAAUUGCUGAAAUGAGGUUUUUGACCUCAAAAAGCUCAUUUUUUUGCGCGUAACGUACUGUAGAAUGGGUGAAACGGGAUAUUUAAAGGAUUAUUAUGUUGUAUGGGGAACAUAGAUUUACUGUUAAACUUUCAGGAACACAAUCUUCCCUCCACCGAGCUGGCCAUCAUCACUUUGGGCGUCCUCACCUGGCGUGAAGAGCUCCGACAAGCUCGCCUCCUAUGCCUUGUCAGUCAACUCCAUGGCCCUUCUGAUGAACAGACCCCAGCGCUAGAAGCCCUGAAACGCGCCUGUGGCAAAUUUAAAUGCACCCAUCAUGUCAUGGCGACCGGCGAACGCCGCUCCUCCAUGGGAUCACUGGAAACCGGAAAAGAACAGCAUUUCAAGGUCUCGGAGUCCAUGAAAUUGCGCGUUCUGAUGUGCCAAACACGAACCGAGCACUCCGAGUUGCCGGCACAGGCAAUUCGCGAGGGAAAAUACUUGCUGACAGCGGGCGGCAACCCCUUCUUGUGCUUGUGCUUCCCGCUCAGUUGA